CCUCUGGAGCUUCAAAAACGUGUGAGGAGGGAAGAGGGUACAGACGCAGGCUCAGCUGCUUGUCCUUGUCACUGUCACCAGCACCUCUGCGUGCCAGACCCCCUGGCCAGCAUGUCUUCUGCACAUUUUAACCGAGGUCCUGCCUAUGGCCUGUCUGCUGAGGUCAAGAACAAGCUGGCCCAGAAAUAUGACCAUCAGCGGGAGCAGGAGCUGAGAGAGUGGAUUGAGGGGGUUACAGGUCGGCGCAUCGGGAACAACUUCAUGGACGGCCUCAAAGAUGGGAUCAUUCUUUGCGAAUUCAUUAACAAGCUCCAGCCAGGUUCUGUGAAGAAGGUAAAUGAAUCAACCCAAAACUGGCACCAGCUGGAGAACAUAGGUAAUUUCAUUAAAGCCAUUACCAAGUAUGGGGUGAAACCCCAUGACAUCUUUGAGGCCAAUGACCUGUUUGAGAACACCAACCAUACACAGGUUCAGUCUACUCUCUUGGCUCUGGCCAGCAUGGCCAAGACAAAAGGAAACAAGGUCAAUGUGGGGGUCAAGUAUGCAGAGAAACAAGAGCGGAGAUUUGAACCUGAGAAGCUGAGAGAAGGCCGGAACAUCAUUGGGCUGCAGAUGGGCACCAACAAGUUUGCCAGUCAGCAGGGCAUGACAGCUUAUGGUACUCGGCGUCACCUCUAUGACCCCAAACUGGGGACAGAUCAGCCCCUGGACCAGGCCACCAUCAGCCUGCAAAUGGGCACCAACAAGGGUGCCAGCCAGGCUGGCAUGACUGCACCGGGUACCAAGCGACAGAUCUUUGAGCCAGGACUGGGCAUGGAACACUGUGACACACUCAAUGUCAGCUUGCAGAUGGGCAGCAACAAGGGGGCCUCGCAGAGAGGCAUGACAGUGUAUGGGCUGCCCCGCCAGGUGUACGAUCCCAAAUAUUGCCUGAAUCCGGAAUACCCAGAGCUGGGCGAGCCCACCCACAAUCACCACCCACACAACUACUAUAACUCUGCAUAGGGCCCCAGGGGGCUGGCUGCUGCUCUUGGCUGGACCUAGCUGGCCCAGCCAACCCCAUUUCCUGCAUGGCGUCCCCCAGCCCCCUGGCACCUCUCUAUAGGGUUACAGUUUGGGGAGAUCAGGCCAAGGGGAGCAGUGGGAAGAAGGGGGCCCCUCAUCCCUGUAGCUCUUGCAGGGCCCAACACAGAACUGGGUGUCCCCAACCGCACCCAAAGGUAUUUCAGUUGCCCCCUUUUACCCUCUCACAAGUGAGUACCUCCCAGAACCAGAAACCCUCCAAGCGAAGCCCCUGGAACCCAGGCUUGGCCUGACCCCUGCCCCAUUCCCACAGCAGGAGCAGAAUGCAUGCCCAAAAUGCAGUGGACACACACAGUUUGGUUUUGCAGCGACUGGCGUUUGUGGAUGUGACAGCGGCAUUUGUUACUCAAGCACUUUCUUUUUCUAUUUCACUGGAGCACAAUAAAUGGCUGUGACAUCUA